AUGCUGUCAGCCGUUGCAGUGCUCGUCGAAUCGCCGAAAAAAGCGACUAUUAUUCUACAGCACAUGGAAGCUAUUGCUGCGCGAUUUGGGAAUGCUGUGAUAGAAAGACAAGAGACUUAG